UGCUUUCGCAGCCUCCUUCGCGCUGUCCGGUUUUAGAAAUCCCAAGAAUAAAUUUGCAUGAAGUGCACAGAGUGGGACGACAUACGUUGCAUGAAAGACGGCAAAGUGAGAACAGUGAGCAGAGCAGGAAAAUGCAUAAUAUGAAUCCACUGCUAUUCGUGUCCUCGUUAAAGGCAAGGAUGGAUGCAGCCAUUCAGUGCACUUACCCAUCGUCCCUGGCGUUAACAGUCUCACACAAGCUUGAGACCGCCUCCCAGUUGGUGAUGGCAGCCAGGCUGGUGAUGCCCUCUGUUUACAGACAGACCCAAGAAAGUAAACGAACAAAGUUGAGUCAGUACGAACGCGGUUCGACUACAAGAAGAAAACGCUGGGCGGCUAUGUGUUGUGAGGUAGACGAUGAGUAGUUACCAAUUUGGCUGGUGAUGACUGAU